AUCUCGCGCUCCCUGAAUUCCAUUCCGCUUUUUACUGCGGCCAGCGCUCGCGGAUCCCAUCCCGACUGCACUGGACUUCUAGUGUCUUGCGCUGGCAUUGUAUGUCGAAGUUUCGGAGUUGGGAAGAGAGUUGAGACGGGAGAGGGAGGUGAAUAACUAUUUAAAGACUGCACAGCGUUAUUUUGGUAUUACAUGAAAGAUAGGUUCUUUGCACUUGGAUUUCUGCAAAGUUUAAUGAAGUCCUACUGGGACUGGGGCAGAAAAGAGACUGCGGCCUUGCCUUAGAAGAAAGUGUUAUAAAUUAGUUCGUGAUUGCGGGACCUCGAUUUUUUCCUUCUAGCGCGUGGGUCUUGAGCGAACUCUGGAGAAAAUGGGCACUCGGACGAAUGUCCACAAAGUGUCCGGACUCCUCAUCUCUUUGAUAUUUACGUUUCAUCUGACCAAUGUGGCAUGGAGCUCGAAGGUGUGGGGAGAGGUGCCUGUCCCGGAGGACCUGGAGGCUGGCCACAGGGUCCGGCAGACACGGCAGUACCUGGAUGAUGACGAGGACUUUGCUGCUGAUGGAUCAGGGGACCUUCCCAGUGGAGCAGAGGACGGCAGCACCCCUGACACGAAUGGCCCCCUAUCCACUAUCUACUUCCGGGCACUGGUGAACUUCACCUCGUCCAUUACAUACAGCCCGGACAUGCAGAUCAUCACCUCCCCUGGGUUCCUGGAGAUCUCAGAGGCUGUAGUGGAUACGCUUGAGUCGGAGUACAACAAGAUCUCUGGAGUGCAGACCGUCAAUGUGGUCCUCAUCAAGCAGAUUGGCCGUGAUGUGUUUGUGGAGCUGGACGUGGGCACUGAGUUUAACUACAAUACUGAGCAGAUCCGCAGUGUGCUCUAUGAGACGGUGCAGGAUGGCUUCAUCGCCAACUACCUCACGUCCACACAGGGCUUUGACUUCCGCCGGUUGGGAGAGGCUGAAACUCUCUCCACUGAGGAGCCCCUAGUCCUUCCAGUGCCCCUGGAGCCCAGCCCACGGCCAUGUGUGCAGGAUGAGUUUGCGUGUGGUGAUGGCACCUGUAUUCCAAUGGCAUAUCACUGUGACCAGAGACCUGACUGCAGAGACAUGAGUGACGAGCUAAGCUGCGUUCACACUGUCACUGUGCACAAGCACCAUUUCCCUCAAAGUCCCUACGAUGCCAGGUUGAAUGUCCUUCCAGAACCUACUGUCCCUCCGCGUCCUCCCAUCCGGCCCAUCCCCCCUGUCCAACCCGUGGGUCCUGCGCCUGGGCCAGGUCCGGAGCGCCCCCCCUGUAGAUCAGAUCAGGCCACCUGCCAGAGUGGGGAGUGCAUCUCCAGAGAGUACCUGUGUGACGGAGAGAGAGACUGCAGCGACGGCAGCGAUGAGCUCAGAUGUGGCACACCCUCUCCAUGCGAGCCUAACGAGUUUAAGUGUGCUAACGGGCGCUGUGCCCUCAAGCUCUGGCGCUGUGAUGGAGACAAUGACUGCCAGGACAACUCUGAUGAGAUAAACUGCCCCACUAAGGGGCCCGGGGAUACCUGUGCUCCAGAGCAGUUUGUGUGUCUGAGUGACAGGACCUGCAUCCCAGCCAGCUACCAGUGUGACGAGGAGCCUGACUGCCCUGACCGCUCCGAUGAGUAUGGCUGUGUUCCACCCACCGUCACAAGUCCUCCGGAAGAGUCCAUGAGGGCCGAGCGGGGGGCUACUGUCACUUUCAACUGCGCAGCGGUGGGAACUCCCACCCCCAUCAUCACCUGGAGACUCAACUGGGGCCAUAUCCCAACCAGCUCCAGAAUCUCUAUGACCAGUGAGAAUGGGCGUGGCACUCUGACCAUCCGGGAUGUGAAGGAGGGAGACCAGGGCGCAUACACCUGUGAGGCCAUCAAUGCCAAAGGCCUGGUAUUCGCCAUUCCUGAUGGCGUCCUCACUCUCAUUCAAAAACCAGGUAACUGCCCUGACGGACAGUUUACUGUAGCGGGCCGCUGCAUGCCCUGUUUCUGUUUCGGCAUCACCAAGACCUGCCUGGCCACGGGACGCUACCGCAACAAGAUGUCUCUCAGAUUCACCGACGAGGAUGACUACAAAGGAGUGAAUGUGACGUUCCCGUCUAAUCCCAGCACUCCCCCGCUCACCUCCACUCAGAUGCUGGUCAACCCGGACGUGCUGGAGUUCCAGCUGGUGGACCUGUCGCGCCGCUUCCUCAGCCAGGAGUCCUACUGGAUUCUGCCACGACAGUUCCUCGGCAACAAGGUGGACUCCUAUGGUGGCACCUUGCACUAUAAGAUCCGCUACACUCUGGCCCGCGGCCUGUCCCAGCCCAUUGACAAACCGGACGUGAUGCUGGUGGGGAACGGCCAGAGGCUCCUCUACAAGAAGGCCGGCCCCAUCCCUGCACAGCGCACCAAUGACAAAGAGAUCCUUUUCAAGGAGGAAAACUGGCAGCACUCGUCCGGUCGCUCGGUGAGCCGUGAGGACCUGAUGAUGACGCUGGCCAACCUGGAGAGCAUGAAUAUUCGCACCACCUACGACAACCACAUGGUCAGCGUGGCCCUGAGUGACAUCAUCAUGGAUACCACCAUUGUGGAGUUCAGCCUGGAUGGGCAUGCUAAAGAAGUGGAGGAGUGCAGGUGUCCACCGGGUUACUCCGGCCUGUCCUGUGAGAGCUGUGCCUCUGGUUUCGAGCGGGUCUCUGGUGGUCAGUACCUGGGCACGUGUGCCGGCUGUAACUGCAACGGCCACGCCAGUGCCUGUGAUCCCAUCAGCGGGCACUGCCUGAGCUGUGAACAUAAUACAGAGGGUCCUCAGUGUGAUAAAUGUCGACCAGGGUACUUUGGGGACCCCACACGUGGACGCCCAGAUGACUGCAAGCCCUGCCCCUGCCCCUACACUGAGACCUCACGAAGGUUUUCAGAUACUUGUUUCAUGGACCAUGACUCUCAGGCCACUUGUGAUGCCUGCCGGACUGGCUACACUGGCCGGCGCUGUGAGCGAUGUGCUCCUGGGUACGUGGGGAACCCUCUGCAGCCCAAUGGGAAAUGUGUUUUUAACUCCAACUCCAAAUGUGACAACAGGGGAACCGUCAGCUCCACCAACAGCAGGCCGUGUCAAUGCAAGGCUAACGUGGCGGGGGCGCUGUGCGAUGAGUGUAAGGUCGGCGCCUUCCACCUGAGCGGCGUCAACCCCGAGGGCUGCAUGCGGUGCUUCUGCAUGGGCGUCACCAAGCAGUGCGCCAGCUCCAGCUGGACCAGAGACCAGGUGCGUGGUGGUGUGAACGGCCAGCUCUUCGCCCUCUCCAACGCGGCCAACAGCCGCACCAUCACUGAUGGCCUGAGCCAGCGCGGGUCUGCUGAGGUGGUCUACCGCACCUUCUACUCCCUGCCCAACGACAUCUACUACUGGGUCCUGCCCGAGAGCUUCAGGGGAGACAAGGUGACGGCGUACGGCGGGGAGCUGAGCUAUAAGGUGCGCUACGAGCCACGCACUCGCACGCAGGUUAUUGACGGCAAGCCAGACGUGGUCCUCCAGGGCAACGGCAUCUUCCUGGAACACUUCUCCCAGAGCAAGCCUCUGCCCCGGGUGCCCACCUCUGUGACCGUGACCUUCAGAGAGUCUGCCUGGAGACGAGCUGAUGGACAGCCUUGCACUCGAGAGCACCUCCUCAUGGCUCUUGCAGACGUCACAGUCUUCAUGAUCAGAGCUACCUAUGCAGACAACAUGGCGGAGAGCAGUCUCUCAGACAUCCAGAUGGACAUCGCUGUGCCCCAUAGCACAGGGAAUGAGAGAGCACUGGAGGUGGAAGAGUGUGCCUGCCCUCCUGGCUACACAGGACCAUCCUGUCAGGAGUGUGCAGAGGGAUACUCACGCACUAGUUCAGGCCUCUACCUUGGCACCUGUGAGAGGUGUGACUGCCAUGGACACGCCAGUGGCUGCGACCCAGAGACUGGAGCAUGCCUGGAAUGUCAACACAACACUGAGGGCCCCCGCUGUGACAAGUGUAAACUCGGAUUUUACGGCAAUCCUGCCACUGGCGGUCCGAGCGCAUGCCAACGCUGCCCCUGCCACCAGUUAACUGGCCAGCCUCCUAUCUACUGCUACCAGGGCGGUGACAGCCAGCCCGUGUGUGAGUGUCCACCAGGCUACACCGGUCGCCGCUGUGAGAGCUGUGCUCCUGGGUACGUAGGCAACCCACUAAGCGGACGGAGCUGUUCACGAGAAAAUUAUGGAAACUGCUUCCAGUGCGACGACAAAGGAAGUGAAGGUUGCAGUGGCAACGGUGCCUGCCGCUGCAAGAUGAACGUGGAAGGUCCGUACUGCUCCAGCUGCAAGCCCAACAGCUUCCACCUGAGUCCCCUGAACAAAGAUGGCUGCCUGUCCUGUUUCUGCAUGGGCGUGGUCCAGAAGUGCGCCAGCUCCACUUACUACAGAGAUGUGGUGUCCACCUCCUUCACGCCCAGAAACUUCCACGAUUUCUCGCUGGUGAACCGGCAGGGCAGCACGGUGACCACCAACGGCUUCAGCGUGGAGGUGUCCACAGAAGGCACCCGCCUGUCCUACAGCCACUUCCAGCACCUGAGCCAGGAGCCCCACUACUGGCAGCUGCCUGGACUCUAUAAGGGAGACAAGGUUGGCUCAUAUGGUGGGAAACUCAAGUACAUCAUCUCAUACGUGGCCGGACAGAGAGGAACAUUUAUCGAUGAUAUCGACGUUCAGAUUAUUGGAAAUGACAUCACCCUGGUGACACGGCAGCCCUGGCAGAGAAGCCGGGGCCCCCGGGAGUCACGGCAGUUUGAGGUCAUCUUCAGAGAGGAACACUGGCAGCGUCCGGACGGCAUGCCCGCCACGCGCGAGCACCUGAUGAUGGUGCUGGCCGACCUGGCCGACGUGCUCAUCCGCGCCUCCUACGACACGGAGAUGCGCUCCUCCUCCAUCUACGGCGUCAGCAUGGAGGUGGCCGUGCCCAACUUCACCGGCCUGCAGCAGGCCCUGGAGGUGGAGCAGUGCCAGUGCCCACCUGGCUACCAGGGGCUGUCUUGCCAGGACUGCUCCCCAGGCUACACCCGCUCCGGUAACGGUCUGUACUUGGGUAACUGUGAGCCGUGUGACUGCAACGGCCACUCAGACACCUGCGACCCUGAGCAGGGCACUUGCACUAACUGCCAGCAUAACACCAUGGGGGAUUUGUGUGAGAGCUGUGCCCCGGGUUUCUUCGGCGACUCAACAGCUGGAACACCAGAGGACUGCCAGCCCUGUGCCUGCCCACACACUGACCCUGACAACCAGUUUUCCCCAACCUGUGAGAGUCUGGGUAAUGGAGGAUAUCGCUGCACUGCCUGUCAGCCUGGUUACUCUGGCCAGUACUGUGAGCGCUGUGCCGCUGGUUAUGUGGGAAAUCCACAGGAAAGGAGCAAGUGCCGCCCCUACGACUCGGCUGCCAAUCUGUUGGUGCGUGUGUAUCCUGAGCGUGUGCUGGUGGCUCAGGGCUCUCCAGUGACGCUCAGGUGCCAGGUGAGUGGUGCGCCCCCACACUAUUACCACUGGACCCGCCAGGAUGGACGCCCACUGCCCAGCAACACGCAGAGACGCAGGCAAGGAGAGGAGAUGUACUUCCCCAGUGUUCAGUCCAGCGAUGCCGGAGUGUACAUCUGCACGUGCCGCGACCAGCGCAGCACCAACCACAGCCGAGCUGAGAUCAUCGUCACCGCAUCCACCAAGCCCAUCGAGGUGUUCAUUGAGGAGCCCAAAGUCCAGAGUGUCAGUGCUGGUUCAGAUGUGAGCUUCAUCUGCACAGCCAAGAGCCAGUCGCCAGCCUACACGCUGGUCUGGACCCGCCAGGGCAACGGCAAGCUGCCCAACCGGGCAAUGGAUUUCAAUGGCAUCCUGACCAUCCAGAACGUGCAGCCGGAGGACGCCGGCAUGUAUGUGUGCACCGGCUCCAAUAUGCUAGCCAUGGAUGAGGGCACGGCCAUCCUCUCCGUCCCAGAAGCGUCUCAAACGCAGAUGUUUUACACAGCCUAUGAAAUGUUUGAAGGCCAUAGGAAGCCUGUGGAAGGCACCCAGCCGGUGGCCUCGGUCCACCCCCCCGUGCUGACGCUCCAGCAGGGCCAGCGGGCAGAGCUGCGCUGCACCGCCACCGGAAGCCCCACCCCAGCCAUCGAGUGGAUAGCUCCUCCAGGUGGCCGGAUUAGCCCCAGCGCCGUCAUCCGAGGGGGAGUUCUGACCAUCUCCUCUGUAGAGCGAUCAGACGAGGCUGAGUACAUCUGCAAGGCCCUCAACAUCCACGGAGAACACACAGCUCGAGGCGUCCUCUACGUGCACAGUGCCAGUCUGCCUCAGGUGCAGGUAAGCCCUCAGGAUGUGGAGGCUCAGGAGGGCCAGACUCUUCGCCUGUACUGCCGUGCCGGCGGCACGCCCAGCCCCGGCAUCACCUGGAAGAAGAGGGGUGGAGAGCUCCCCCCUCAGGCCAUUCCCUCUCAUGGUUUCCAUCAGUUUAAAAGCAACAGUCUCGAUGUGUUACAGAGACAAGUAGAGGAGCUGCAGGCUCGCAUGGAGCGCUCAGACAUUGGCACCUUGCUCAUCCCCAACAUCAGGCCGUCUGACGCCGGCACCUUCCUCUGUGUGGGGACCAACGCCAUCGGCUCCUCCGAGGCUCGCAUCGAGGUCACGGUGGUCAGGGCGGACACCGUCACCCAGGAGAUCACCAUCCAGCCCUCCAUCGCAACAGUGGUCGAGGGGGAGACUCUGGAGCUGAACUGCAUCGUCCCCGGAAACCCUCCUCCCCCAGUGACAUGGCAGAGAGCCACGGGCUACUUGUCAUCAAAUCACCUGGUUCUGGGAACACAGCUGCUUAUUGUGCAGUCGUCAGAGGCUGACUCUGGAGAGUACAUCUGCCGUGCAAACGGCGGCUCUGGGCAGCGGCAGGCGGCCGUGUCCGUCUCAGUCACCUCCAGCGCCUCCCCAGGUCUCCAGAGCCCUAUCAUCUCCAUCGAGCCCCACAGUGUGGCGGUGAAGCAGGGUGAGUCGGCCACCUUCAGGUGCCGAGUCUACAGCGGGGCCCAGCCUGUGCGCCUCGAGUGGAAACUGUCCAAUAACCUCCCGCUGCCAGAUAAUGCCAAUGUCAGCCCUGAUGGCUCAGUCAUCACCAUAGUGAACGCCAGAGCAAACAACCAGGGCACCUAUCGCUGUGUGGCCAGCAAUCUGUUUGGCAUCACCCACAGCAUUGUCUCUCUCAUCAUCAAAGAGUCGCCCAGAGCUGUGGUGACCCCAGCAGGCCCAUUGAGGGUGAGGGUGGGCGACCCCAUCAACCUGGAGUGCCAGGCGUCUGGAGAGCCCCGCGCCUCCGUCUCCUGGCACCGGCUGGACAGCACCCGCAGGACGCUCAUCAGCAGCCCAGUACCCAUGGAGUCCAACGCCGUCAUGCAGGUCCUGAUGGCCCGGCCGGAGGACAGUGGCACCUAUGUGUGUGUGGCCCAGAACAGCCAGGGCACCACGGAGACACGCGUGGAGGUGCAGGUGGAAGGGGGACCCCAGGUGCCCAUGGCCCCCCGCGCCACCGUGCAGGAGCCCCUUAUGGUGGUGGUGGACGGCCAGACGGCCAUCCUGCGCUGCCACGCCCAAGGUUUCCCCAUACCCUCGAUAUCCUGGUCGAAGCUACGUGCCCCCCUGCCCUGGCGCCACCAGCUGGUGAACGGCAGCCUGGUGCUGCCCAACGUCGGCCGGCAGGACUCUGGAGAGUACAUCUGCAACGCCACCAAUCCACUAGGCACCAGUGAGGUCACCGUCUCUCUGGACGUAGAGACUCCUCCGUAUGCGACCACUCUGCCCGAUGACGUGCGCGUGCGUGUGGGGGAGGUCAUCCGGCUGCAGUGCCUGGCCCAUGGAACUCCACCCCUGCGCUACCAUUGGAGGAAGGUCAAUGGCACCCUGCCCAGCCGGGCCGAGCAAAGCGACGGCACGCUCCAGAUCAACCUGGCCUCGCCGGACGACGCCGGCAGCUACGAGUGUGUGGCCAGCAACAGUGUGGGCCACAGCAAGACCACAGCUAAAGUUAUCGUGCAGUCUCCCCUAGUGGUGCGCGUUUCUCCUAAGGUGGAGAUGCGUGCUCUGGGGUCGGCGGUGGAGUUCACGUGUGCGGCCCUUGGGGGCCAGGACAUUCGCCUGGAGUGGCUGAAGGAGGGAGGGGUCCUGCCUCCAAACCACCAUGUCAAAGAUGGUGUGCUGAGGAUUGAGAAUCUGGAGCACAGCAAUGAAGGCACCUACAUCUGCAGAGCCAUCAGUGCGUUUGGUCAGGCUCAGGACAAUGCCAAACUCACCAUUCAAGCUCUGCCGAAGGUGAUGAUAAACGUGCGAACGUCGGUGCAGACCGUGAUGGUGGGCAGCAUGGUGGAGUUUGAGUGCCAGGCCGAGGGCCACCCCCCGCCCACGCUGCGCUGGACUAAGGUGGGCGGGGCGCUGCCCGCUCACGCCCAGCUGAAGGGCGGCAUGCUUCGCAUCUCGCCUGUAUCCGAGGGCGACGGCGGGCAGUAUCGCUGCACGGCCACCAACGAUGUUGGAUCGGUCCAGUCGCAAGUGGUCCUCAACGUCCAGUCCUUACCCCAGAUUGCUGCUCAGCCAGAGACCAAGGAGGUGACCGUGGGCUCGGACGCUGUGUUGCCCUGUGUGGCGACAGGAUACCCCACGCCACAGAUCACAUGGUCUAAGGUGGACACUGAACUGCCAGGGAAGUGCUUCCAGGAGGGUCAUGCCCUCACCGUGCCCUCUGUUAAGCACGAGGACUCAGGCACCUACAUCUGUACCGCCGCCAACAAGCAGGGCAAAGUACAGGCCUUCACCAACCUCACUGUGCAUGAGAGGGUAAUGCCUCACUUCACUCAGGAGCCUCUCUCUUACCUCACUCUUCCCACGAUCAAGAACGCCUACAAAUCCUUCAGCAUCAAGAUCACUUUCAGACCUGACAAUGUUGAUGGUCUCCUGCUAUACGCUGGAAUGAUCCUCUACAACGGGCAGAAGAGGACCACUGGGGCCGACUUCAUCUCUCUGGGGCUGGUGGGAGGACGGCCAGAGUUCAGGUUUGAUGUGGGUUCAGGCAUGGCCACCAUCCGCUACCCCACCCCCAUCAGACUGGGAGAGUUUCACACAGUGGAGUUGGUGCGCAACAACACGCUGGGCACCCUCAUUGUAGAUGGAGAACCUGCGAUCAACGGCAGCUCACAGGGCAGAUUCCAGGGUCUGGACCUCAAUGAGGACCUGCAUGUUGGUGGCUACCCUAACUACAGCCAGCUGGCCAACACAGCUGGCCUCAAGACAGGCUUCGUGGGUUGCAUCCGUCAGCUGAUCCUGCAGGGGGAGGAGGUCAUCUUUAAAGACCUGGACCGCAGCUCCACCGGAGUCUCCAACUGCCCUACCUGCGAGGAUCUACCCUGCCAGAACGGUGGUGUGUGCCAAGACUCUGAUGCCAGCCUGUAUAAGUGCACUUGCCCACGUGGGUUCAAAGGCAGCAACUGCCAGCAUCACGCCUCCUUACACUGUCACACAGAGGCCUGUGGUCCUGAUGCCACCUGCAUCAACAGGCCCAACAGUCUGGGUUAUGACUGCCGCUGCCACCUGGGCAAGUCGGGAGACAAGUGCAUGCAGGGAACGCUGGUGACCAUUCCCUGGUUUGUGAAUACUGACUCCUACAUUGCCUAUCCACCCCUGACAAACAUCCACAAUGAUCUGCGCGUGGAGCUGGAGUUCAAGCCCAUGGCCCCCGACGGCCUCAUGUUCUUCAGUGGAGGCAAGAAGAUGAAGACAGAGGACUUUGUGGCUGUGUCAAUGGUGGGAGGCCACGUGGAGUUCAGAUACGAGCUGGGCUCAGGCCAGGCGGUGUUGCGGAGCCAGGAGCCGGUGUCUCUGGGAGAGUGGCACCGCGUGGCGGCCGGCCGGCUCAACAAGGACGGCUCCCUGAAGGUGGACCAGGAGCGUGAGAUCAAACGCGCCUCUCCGGGCAAGUCCCAGGGCCUCAACAUCCACACGGCCAUGUUCCUGGGCGGCGUCCCCAGCAUGGACAUCCUGCCCCGCCCAGCUAAUGUCAGCAUGCUGUUCCAGGGCUGCAUUGGAGAGGUAUUGAUCAAUGCGAAGAAGGUGGACCUGUCCUACAGUUUCACGGAGAACCGGGGCAUUGCCCAGUGUCGUGAUGGCAGCCCUUGUGAGCGCCGGCCGUGCCUCAACCAGGGCACCUGCCUCACCAACGCAGAGUAUGAGUACCAGUGUGUGUGCCGCGACGGCUUCGAGGGGGACCGCUGUGAGGUGGUGAGAGAGGUGUGUACACGCAGCUCACAGUGCCAGAAUGGGGGCAAGUGUGUGAGUGGCCAGUGUAUGUGCCCUGCCGGCUUCUCUGGACUCCUCUGUGAACAAGGAGAGGCGUUGAGCGAGGCCGAGGCCCUGUGGAAGGAGGAGGGCAGCGGGGUGAAUGAUUCUCCGAUUCAGUAUUCUGCCUAUUUCCAUGAUGAUGGGUACCUUGCUCUUCCCAAGCCAAUGUUCCCUCGCAGCGCUCCUGACAACCCUGAAACCAUUGAGCUGGAAAUCCACACCACUUCAGGAGAGGGACUCAUCCUGUGGCAGGGAGUGGAGCAGGUUGCUGCUCCCCGCAAGCUGCAUGCUAAUAGAAAGAGCUCCAGCCUCCGUAAGCAGAGCCACGCACACGAGCUUGGCGAUGAGGGGAAGGGCAAGGACUUCAUCAGUCUCGGAUUACAGAACGGACAUGUUGUCUUCAGCUACCAGCUGGGCAGUGGAGUUGCAGAGAUCAUGUCCAAAGAGCCCAUCAAUGACGGCAGCUGGCACAAAAUCACCGCUGUCAGGAAGGGGAAACAGGGUUAUAUGCAGAUAGAUGGAGGAUCCAUGACGAGGGGUCAGUCUCAAGGCAAGAGCAUCAUGGUGAACACCAAAGGAAACAUAUACCUGGGUGGAGCCCCUGACAUGACAGCUCUGACUGGAGGGAAGUUCUCAUCAGGUGUGACGGGGUGUGUGCGGAACCUGUCUCUGAUGAAUGCACGGCCGGGAGAACACAAACACACACCCAUUGAUCUGCGGGUGCACGCCGAGGAUGGAAUCAACGUGGAGCGCUGCGUCUCAUAAACCUCCCACACUCACAGAGACUUACGAACAAUCACAUACACACACAAGCGCACACACACGCACAUUCACAAACACACACACAUUCUCAUGUCUGAUAACACAUACACUUCCCUCACACUUACAGCACUAGCAACACACACACACACAAACACAGACACAGAACACACAUUAAUAUCCAAAGGGUCUGAUCACACACACUGACAAUCACGCUGUUACACACAAAACACACUGUGCUUUGCUGCUACCAAAGGAGAGAAGUCAGAAAGCACAAACACACACAGCACCACACUCAAGGAGCUCUCGCUCUGUGUGCAGUCAACCAAAAGAAGAGGUCAAAAAUAUGAGAUGAUAUUAACAAGUCUUCAUUUCCUCAGUGUUGUAUUCUCAGUGGAAGACAUCACACAGGACAGCUUACUCAGCCGUGAGAGAGAGAGAGAGGGAGAGAAAGAGAAGAGAAAGAGAGAGAAGAAACCAUGGACGAGUGUGAUGGGCCUUCUACAUGAGUCAGAUCCUAUGGAGUCAGAAAUGUUGUUACAGCACUGAUUUUUUUUAUUUAUAUUCAUAUAGAAAUAUAUAUUAUAUGUGGGGGGAAAUGCUAACUAACCAUAAACUGCUCCUCUGUUAGCCUGGAAGUGAUUCUGGGUGCUAAUACUGCUUGUGAGAAUGGGGUCUAUGUGUGUAUAUGGUGUCUGUGGGUGUAUAUGGUGUGUGUGUGUGUGUGUUUGUGUGUGUGUGUGUGUGUGUGUGUGUGUGUGUGUGUGUGUCCGAGCUCGCAGGCUAAUCUGUUUUUACUUGAAAAUGAUGCAGCCUUUUCUUUCGUUCUUUCUUCCUUUCUUUCUUUAUUUCUGUCCUUAAUUCUAGAGCUGAGAUGAAAGAGCAGGCUCUAAGACUUCAAGUUUGAACGAGGGAGCCAGGAGGGGUUGGGGCGGGGGGGUGGGGUGCUUAAACAAAGAAACAGAGAGGGGGAUGAGAGGAGAGAGAGAGAGAAAGGAAAAGAGAGAGAAGGUUGGAGAGAGUGAGAGAACGAAAAGAAGUUAUGGCAGAGCCAAAAGCAUGGCCGCACAGCUGAGGAGGUGAACUUGUAUGAAAACACAGAAAUCUGUUGUUUUUUUUUUUCUUGGGAGAAAACAGCUUUUAUCUGCUACUGUCAUUUUUUUAUACAUUAUGGAGCUGAUAUCCUUUGCCUUCCUUGUGUGGUAGCCUUAGUGUGUGGGGUGUUCCAGAGAAAUCAUGGUGCUACAGUCUGACAGCCAACCCUACAAAUAAAUGCUUUAUUUUUGUCUCUUUGUGCUAACAACUUCAGUAGGUGUGUCACUCAUACGGUUUUUGUAAGUACCAAUAGUCACAAAUGUACAAUAAAAGGCCAUUUGCCAAAGCCAACCACA